AGGGACGCAGAUAUAAACCCAGCCACCUCUCCCUUCCUCCCACUGCCCAUCCAUCUCUUGAACACUCUAGAAUCCCACCUUGAUACUUCCAUCCAGUAGAUCGAUAUACCUCUCCUCAACCUCCCAAUCCCCUUUUAAAACUAAAACAAAAUGCCAGUCAAACUUGGAGUCAACGGUUUUGGCCGUAUUGGUCGACUUGUCGUACGAAAUGCUAUGCUCCACGGCGACGUUGAGGUUGUUGCAAUCAACGACCCCUUCAUCGAUCUUGAGUACAUGGUUUACAUGUUCAAGUACGACUCCACUCACGGCCGAUUCAAGGGUAAUGUCAGCACCUCCAACGGCAAGCUUGUCAUCGACGGCAAGUCCAUUGAUGUCUACUCCGAGCGAGACCCUAGCGCUAUUGCCUGGGGCAAGUCUGGCGCGGAUUACGUUGUCGAAUCCACUGGUGUAUUUACCACCAAGCAGGCGGCCUCCGCUCACUUGAAAGGUGGUGCCAAGAAGGUUAUCAUCUCUGCACCAUCUGCAGAUGCUCCGAUGUAUGUCGUCGGUGUCAACCUUGAUUCAUACGACCCCAAGGAAACUGUCGUCUCAAACGCCUCUUGCACGACCAACUGUCUAGCCCCCCUUGCCAAGGUCAUUCACGACAAGUAUGGUAUCGUUGAAGGUCUUAUGACCACCGUGCAUGCCACCACUGCUACCCAAAAGACUGUUGAUGGUCCUUCGGGUAAGGACUGGCGUGGUGGUCGUGGUGCAUCUGCCAACAUCAUCCCCUCAAGCACCGGAGCUGCCAAGGCUGUCGGCAAAGUCAUCCCGGCCCUCAACGGCAAACUUACUGGUAUGGCUUUCCGAGUGCCAACUGCCGAUGUCUCGGUGGUCGAUUUGACCGUUCGAAUUGAGAAGGGGGCUUCAUACGAUGAAAUCAAAGCUACCAUCAAGGCUGCUUCUGAGGGUCCCCUCAAAGGCAUCUUGGGUUACACCGACGAGGACCUUGUCUCUACCGACUUUGUUGGUGACAGCCAUUCGAGCAUCUUUGAUGCCAAGGCUGGUAUCAGCCUGAACCCCAACUUUGUCAAGCUUGUCAGCUGGUACGACAACGAGUGGGGUUACUCCCGACGAGUUGUCGAUCUCGUAUGCGAAAUGGCGAAGCGGGAUGCUUAGUGGGAAGCCCAAGCUAUAAAGGGCCUAAUGAGAAAAAGCCUCUCAACAUGGUGCCCUCCCUUUAGAAGAUCUUCCAUGUCCAGCUUAUGAAAAUAAAACAGAAAUGUAAUAAAAAUAUUCCCGUAUUGUGUCUUAUCGCUUUGCCAAUGUUUCCAGGUUUCUUGUGGUGUCUCCCGCUGGAUAGCUCCUCUGGUUUCAAGUUAUUGACUGUCAAGUAGUUAGUAUCCGGCACAAAGAAAUAGACAUCUCUGAUUAGGUAUUCCAUCCACCUUUAUAUUUUGAAGCCCCGUUGGCUUCAAACAGAAGCCCUUCUGAUUUGUACCUUUUCGCCAUUUGCAACUCUCAAGAUGUAUACUCAACAGAUAAUGUGUGGCAAAGCAAGUGCACUUGUGAGCUGCCUGAUGCUCUAUAUAUACAUGUCUUCUCUCAAAAGCAAGCCCUGUAGACGGACCUUACUUUUGGAACAUGAAAGGGUGGUAAAAUGUGGACGCCUGCUUGUAUUUGCCGGGUUACAAGGUUACAUAAAA